GUGACUUUACCGAAAGAACCAAGAAUAUGUGCAGCAGCCUUUGACUCACCCCCGACACUCGAUUGCUCGGGUCUGUUCACGUGCCCCUCACAACUCCGCUCGCCUCAUUGGCAAAGAUGGCAGCCCCCAUGAUAUCAACGUUUGGCAUCCUGGUGGCGGUUCAGAGGUGAUGAUAUAGCUCCCUUCUCGGUUCAAGCGCAGGGCCUGAACAAACCUCGGUGGCUGUGGCCCAGACAGACAACGCUGAUCGUCAUGUACGGCCGUGUCGUCAGCCACCUGCACGCUGGCGGUUGUGCCGUCCCGUCAUGGGCACGAUCCUUGAACUCCUUUCAGACGUCCUCCCGACGAGACGCGUUGUCCCUCGCGCGUUGUGCGCGCGCACGCAUCACCCGCUUUAGCAUCCAUGACGUUGAGCAAUGCAAACUGAUGUUUUCAACGUGGCUGACACCCGGAACUGCUGGGGGACGAGACACAGGCCAUGCUGAGAGCAGAUGGCUUGUCCCCGCCGACAAGCGUAAAUUCACUUCUUUGAGCAAGUCUGCUGGUUACAUGAGCAACACCGAGCAGUAUACUUCCAUAGAUGACCCACAAACGGAUGUCAUCGCUUAUGGUAGAAAUGUACGUUCUAAUAGAAACCAAGGGAACAGCCGACGAGACCACAGGAGGGCGCCACCGAUCGCAACGGAACUUGUCAGAACAGCUACCGAAAGAGGUGACUUAUUGGAACCCAAAAUUGAGAUGGACAAACUUCUGGCCACGUGCCAAACCCCAAGCGAUGUCUUGGAGCUCGCAUUGGACGGUCUUGCGCCUAAACUGCUGAACUUGGAUGUUACUGCUACCACCGGAGAGCCAUCGACCAUGGGUGCCGUCGACUUUGCGGUGCACGUGCCGGAUGUACUGGACACAAGGCCCUGCUCCCUGCUCAUCGCCUGCUGGAGGACGCUGAGGGCGCUACCGCCGGAUCGUGCCGCGUACGAGCAGCGUCGGAUGCUGCAGCACCCGCACUUCCCGGGGCUGUGUCAGCAGGUUCUGCGCACGAGCCGCUACCUGACACCUGGGCUCCUGGGCUACACGCUCGCCGCUGCCACCCGGCUCGGCAUCCCGCUGCGGAGCCGCCUCGUCCAGAUGCUGAUUCGCACCGCGCAGGUGAGCAUCAAUGAGUUUAACGGACGAGCCCUGGGUGUGGUGGCAAGCUGCCUGCCUUUCCUGCUGCAGGACAGGAACACACAGGCGCUGCGAGCUGCUCUGACGAUGCGAGCGCAGCUGGCACUGCCAGAGGUGGACAGAGUGCCCGUGCUACUGAUGCUAAUGUAUCACUUGGGACCCACCGUGCCAACCGCCCUCAAGGACAAGCUCGUGACGCAGGCGUGGGCGCUCUUCGUCCUGGAUCAGUUCACAACAGCCAACGUUCUCAGGUUGUUCUUCAGCCUGGCCCGGAUGCAACACAACGCCCCCGAGCUACUGUCCGCAGCCAGCCCGAUCAUCGCUGGGAAUCUGCAGGAGCUGAAGUUAUCGGAGCUGCUGCAGCUGUUGAAAGCGUGUAACCAGCUGGGCUACUACAACACGCAGCUCUUCUCCUCCAUCGCUGAACACGCCGUCACCAGACUGCAACUCUACGGCUUGAACGAGGCAUGUACCCUACUGCUGCUGCUGAGCAGGUUGAGGUUCCGACACCCGGGCCUGCUGGAUGCAGUCGCUCUCCUCCUGCUGCAGGAGCAGCAGCAGCAGGAGCAACAGCAGGAGCAACCAAUGCCGUGUCACCUCGAUAAGAAGAACCUCAUGGUCCUCCUGCACAUCUACUCCUUGCUCAACCACCAGCCGCACGGGGCUGCCGAAACGUUCCUGGAGGUGUUGAGCUCGGCGUUGGAGCAUCAUCUCCCGGAGUUGUCUGCGCACGAGCUGUUUGUGGGUGUGCGGGCGCUGUGCAUCCUGGGCCGUCGCCCGCCCAGCGCCGUCGCUAGCGCCCUGCUUGCAGACCACUCCUGCACGGAGCUGCUGAGCGUUUCAGUGGCUGCAGACUCUCUGAAGCGCCUGCAGAAUGAGUUGGAGCUUCAGGCCAUCAGACUGAGCUUGCAUCUGCAGAAGAAACUCCCUGGUGUCCCUGCUGUGGAAGCUGCCUCCUCCUCCCCAGACCCGAACCCGUCAUCCCUGACCCGCUGCCCCGAGUUGCCCUCUGUGCUGACGGAGGCCCUCCGAGGGAGCGGUCAGGUCAGGGUCGGGGUCACCGUGGGUGGGCUCUACAGUAUAGAUGCCGAGGUGACCCUACAGGGGACAGAAGUCCUUCAGUUCCUCCAGGGAAAUGAGUGCCUUGCUCUGCCGGAUCAAGACAACCCACACAAUCAGGGAGAUUGCCUCCACGUUCCUGGAGAUGGUGCUUGUAUCCUCAGAGAGGACCCACUCCCAAAGCCUCUGCGGGUUGCCAUGCUGUGGUGCCACCCCGCUGAGUUCUGCCUCGGGUCCCAGCACCCGUGUGGAAAGUUGGCGCUGAAGGUGCGGAACCUGCACGCUCUGGGCUACCGCGUGACGCUGGUGUCGAGCAGCCAAUGGAAGAGGCUGCAACCCGAAAGCAGGGUGCCUUUCCUGCGGCAGAAACUGCAGCUUGCAAGUGGCAUGGCAGCGGAGUGUGGCAGCUAGAAGUCCUGUGGUGGAUGUUUGCCGUGCGUAAGGAACUGGUGCACCAUCGGUGUCUCCCUUUGUCAAUAUCAUCCCAACAUACGGCAGUCCUCGUGUUGCAAACUGAUAUUUGUUCCUUCGAAAUGUAUUAAAAAAAGUAUACCCGAGUAUAAGGUAUUUCUCGUGGUGAAAUGUGUUGUUUUUGGAAUUAUUGGUUUGGUAACAAUUGCUUAUGGUGAUGGCACUUGUUUUGAAAAUCCUGUGGCCUCAAGUCCAAUAAAAAUGUACGUAUAUCCUACCAGGCAUUGAUUCGAGUGCUGUGAAAUUGCCGAGUGCAAACCCCAGAGUAUCUGUGGUCCCAGGCAUUUUGCAAUCAUGCACACGCGUCAGUGAUCACAAGGGAUUGUCAUCAUAUCAGCAAAUCAGCUGCCAGGAAAGCAUUCACGAUGCCACAUGGCUGCUGUUGUUACAUCAACUCCGUGUGCAACAUGGUCACAGUGAUUCUCAGUGCCCUUGGCUGUGACAAGUUGUACAUUAUGAAUGUUCUUUUUAAGUAUUGUAUGAUGUUGCGUGCAUUUAUUUCUGCAAGUGAAUGCGUGUUCCUAAUUGUUAAUUUGCGCGGGAAUGUCUUAAGCCUGGUCUCAUCCGCCAUCUCUCGGAAAGUUACGCAUUCCCCUUGUGUAAAUCCCGUAGGGAACCAGAAAUGGAACAAAUCUUCGCCUAUGCAAUUAAUAGAAUUGCACAAGCCGUUCAUAACUCAGGCCUCCAGGCGUUUAUUUAUAUGUGCACCACAUGGUUUUCACACCAUGGGUUCGUGCGACAAGCAACAAAAUGAUUGAAACAAAUCCACAAAAAAUAAAUAACUUUAAUUACAACUGUACACGUAGAAAUGGCAAGAAAAUAUAUUUACAGACAUUCAACAAGACACUCCAAAAAGCUCAAAUUUUUCAGGGAACAUUUCAAUUAAUCAGCUUGGGCUGCACGCUUUGGCAGCAGCAAGUGAACCUUAUGGCGGUACCCCAGAGUACCAUAAUACCCUGGCUCUCGCAUAAUGUCCGUGAUGCAGUCAUUUUUAGUCGGUUGACGGUCGACGAUGCGGCAAUCGACUCAUCUCGACGAGCUGCUGUGCACGAUGGUGCAUACGAGCGUUCAGGGUUUCAGCGCAAUCGUCCUUGCUGUGUUUUGACAUCACGGAGUAGCACUGAUGUCGGAUUGAUUGGUACCACAGUCGCGGAGGUAAGUAACACCCCUAGAAAAAAGUGUCCCAGAAACAACAUUUAAUUGCCUUGGCCAUUUAGUAUUAUUUGAUAUCCCAAGGUACCGCCAUAAGGAUCGAGUGUUGAAUGAAGGCGAGGGGAAACCACACCGAUGUCAAUGUGGUCAACAGGCGACCAAUUAUCCCUUACUAUAGAUCAUGUUUUGUCUACGCAUGUUUUCCCCCCACCUCGUGACACUGUCGAUCUAAAGCCUCUGCUACAUGAAACAGGGCAUCCGCUAUUUUACAGCGUUGAUGGCUCUCAUUGCACUCAAUUGGAAUGGACGUAGCAAUUAUUGUCCCCAACCUACAACUUCGCAGGUACCUCCUGAAAGAGACUCGGUGAGGCUUUUCUGGAUAAAUAAUUGUCACUCAAACGGAGACUAUGCUGAACUAAGGGACUACAGGAAUUCUUUGAGUUAUAAAAUUACAGGGACCCCUCUACUUACGAACAAUUUAGGUUCCAGAGGUCUGUUCGUAAGUGGAUUCGCAAGUAAAAUUUUACUCCUGUCGAUUUAAAACGUGUACAGCAUGUACAAUAAACACGGAGAAUGGCUUUAAAAGUUGUAUAAUCUCCUGUAGAUGCUGCCACCACCACCAUCGAUUUCAGCGGCGAUUUAACUUAAGACUCUUGGCCCUGAACAGGCAACUUGACACAUGGACAGGUUUGUUCGUAUCUCUGAAAGUUCGUAAGUAGAAUGUUCGUAAAUAGAGUCCCUGUACAUUUAAAGAUUGAGGCUGCACAAGGCACCAACAUGUGGUAGAGCUGAACUAAUUACAUUUUAAAAGGCAACCAAUUCUGAUGUCAUUUAAUUUGCACAUUGGAUAAGCAUAAAAUGUGCCUCUUUCCCAUGUGUUCAUCGAUGGAUAUAUAACCAUUGGUUUCUACACAUUGUCAGCCACAUUGCUUUAUGGGAAUGAUUAAAUUCAUUUCAGCAUCAUUGGGUCAACAUGAGCAAACUCAACUGGUUUUGACAUAACGGGCUUCAUCAUUAGUUAUGCUGGAACCAAUGCUGGUGAAAUUCCAGAAGUUUAAAGUGGGGGAUGGCAUGCAGAACGCACGAACCCACCUCGACACUGGGAUCGAGGCGACGUCACUACCGCGCACUUGAGCGGCAGACAGCAGAGGUAUCCAGAUAGGAAAUUUGUUAUACAGUAUACUGUAUUCGCCACAAAACUACCAAUGAUUAUUUGGGUCGCAAUAGUACAAGCAAUGAAAUAAUACAAACUUUAAUAUAAAAAAACAAUUUAAACUUGUACAUACUUUUUAUUUGGUCUUUUUUUUCAUCGACCGAUGUGAUUGUUGCAGCAAGCUGAGCUUCCUGUGGGCAGCCUCUAGCCCUCAACGAGAUUUGUUUCACUGCUCUGCCAAUUGAGGCUGCUAGCAGUGCUGGUACCAGACCAGACAUUUCACUUGCCAAGUACCACGUGGGGUGGCAUAAAUGUAGUGGUUCCAAUUUCCGAAUGUGGCUAAUGGUAAAUGUUCUGAAAACCAUUUGAAACGGAGUAGGUUAUCAAGUAAUUCACUCACUGGCCACGUAAAUCGGUGGUUAUUAGUGUCUGCUCUGGCCUCGGGGCUGAGAAUGGUUCUGAUUAGUGGCUCUUUGUUUAACCCUCAUCCCAUUCCAGAAUUGCUGUGGGUGCACAGGUAUAAAUGCACCUAUGCUAGUUAAAGGAAGGCACAAAUUAAAAACCAUUUGCUAACAUGGAUCGGCUUGAUACUUAGAAAGAAAAAUACAUUUAGAUUUAGUCAGGAGCGCUCUAGUGACAUCACUAGAGGACGGUAUGGGAUGGUGACAACUGAUUGGUAUCAAAAUAACGUUCCCUGACCAUUACUGUAAAGUUAUGAAAAUAUAUUGACAAUCUCAGUAUUUUACACACUUUCUUAAUCCUAAUCUCACAUCCUGUCUCCAAUUAAAGAUGCUUCAAAUGUGUGUAAGACAGCCUGGGAUACAACCCUUGCUGUAUGUACCUUACAAAAUAAAGAUUUUAUUCGGUUGUGGGCUCAAAACUGGAGGAACUGCAGCAAGCCUGACAAGUGUAACGACCAAACCCGAAUGUAAACUGCACAUCAACACUGGUUUCAUGAAUGUUGGUUGUGGUAGCCAACAGAGGUAGUGAGAUUUUGUAGUUAAUAUAUUACCAGAGAUUCACAGGACGACACAAUCUCGUGAGUUUAGGCGCUUAAUAAUCACGAACACCAAAAUGCAAAUAAUCCCAAGUCAUAUAUAUAUCAACUCCAGGCACUGCUGACGUGACAUGUAUGGGUUAAGUGCUUUUCAUUACGAUAAAUGACGGACAUUCACAUUUUGACGAAUGUUGCGAUUUAUCCAAGCCGCCUAAAGUUUUGAGAAUGUCAUUAAUAUUGAAAUAUGGCUAUUUUUUUGCGACAGUAAUGUUAUUGCCGAGUGAGCGGCAGGUCUGGGUGAAUAAACGAGCACAACUCGAGUGCCUCCAGCGCGGACGUUGAUAUAAUUCGGCACAACUCUCACACAACGAGGCAUUUGUGGACGCUACACGUUGAGAUGAACCCCCCCACUCCUGCGGAGAUGCUCUUUAUUAUUUCGUCACAUUGCAGCAAUGGGGUAAAGCCUUGGCAGAAAGCCACUGCCUUCUGGCAUUGACCCAUGAGCUGUUAAAACUAAAAAGGAUGUCCAAUGACGAUGAUAAGACACUGGUGAUCUGCGAUGGUAUGCAUGCUAACUCAAACAUAACAUGUAAGUUAAACGUGUUUUAAUUCACUGCUAAAAACCUACAUGGUGAUAUGAAUGGGCAAAGUCUGCCAUCAGGAGGUACUUGUGAGAAUAAAAUGCCAAUGAGUUGUCACCUCAUUAAAAUAAAUUCCUCCCGAAAGUC